AUGAGCUAUCAGGCUUGGAGAAGGGAUCCUGAGAGUGGACCUCCUCAGUAUAGGAGUCGAACUGUGUACGAAGAUACAACACCUGAAAUGGUGAGGGAUUUCUUUUGGGACGAUGAAUUUAGAUUAAAAUGGGAUGAUAUGCUGAUACAUGCAGAGACCUUGAAGGAGUGCCCCACGACUGGAACAAUGAUGGUUCAAUGGGUGCGGAAGUUCCCAUUCUUUUGUAGUGACAGAGAGUACAUAAUAGGCCGAAGGAUUUGGGACUCAGGACGGACGUAUUAUUGUGUAACAAAGGGUGUGGCGAACUCCUCUGUGCCACGUCGUAACAAACCAAGACGCGUUGAUUUGUACUACUCAAGCUGGUUCAUUCGCACAGCCGAGUCAAAGAGAGACGGUCGACCGACCGCAUGCGAAGUCAUACUCUUCCAUCACGAAGACAUGGGCAUCCCUCGGGAGAUUGCAAAACUUGGUAUUCGCCAGGGCAUGUGGGGCGCCGUCAAGAAGAUUGAUCCGGGCCUUCGGGCCUACCACAAGCAUCGGGCUUUGGGAGGCCCACUUUCCCCAAGUGCCUCCAUGGCCCAAAUCAACACCAAAUUUAGUUCUCCCGAUUCAAGCCCGAGUAGAGAUUUUUCGGAAGUGGGCCCGAUUGAUUCGGCAGAAAAGCCACGGGGCAAAGGUUUUCCAAAGUUGCUUGUUUUCGGUGGGGCCCUUGCGCUCGCUUGCACUCUUGAUCACGGGCUUUUGACCAAAGCCGUUAUAUUUGGUGUCGCGAGAAGGUUUGUGAAAACGGGUAGGAGCUUAUGAUCAAUCGAGCAAAAUGGUUUGGGAUGAGAAGAUUAUAUAUAUACUAUAUAGUCACACUUAAGUGAGAAAAAUCCGGUGCCCUUUACGAUUAUUUUCUUUUGAUCUUUAUAUCAAAAUUUGGAACUAAUCGGCUUUUGUUCAUACGUACUGUUGAGGAUGUAAUAACUAUUGAUCAAUUGUUUUGGUCCACAUUGUAUUGAAGGGUAAAAAAAUCAGCCAAGAAAAUCACCAGCAAUAGAGUUCAAAGUAAGUUUUGUUUUUAAUUUGUGAUGAGAAUGAUGAAGUUAGUGAUAUAAUGCCAUAAAAUGAAAAUAUUUUUGUGAAGUACACAUAUA